GCAUUGAAUUGGACCAGACCGGAAAGAAAAUGGUGUGUAUUCUAAUGAAGACAAAUGCCCUUAUUUCAAUGAGAGACACCGGGUCGUAAGGGGUGGAGGGCAGAGAGCCCUUUGCUACAAGACAGAUAUUUAUAUAGCCCCCACCGCCCCGACCUUUGCAGAUAAGGUGACACAGUCUCUGUUUUGGAAAGAGCUCCUCCAGAUAAGACACGGCCAUGUACUCGUUUCUGCCAGAGAACUUCACUCCCGUGAAGCAGAAGCCGGUCAAGGAGCUGAAACCCAUGAUAGUGGCCAUCGUGCUCGGCCUCAUCCUGCUCAUCGCAGCCGUGGUGGCCUGGUGCUACUAUGUGUCAUCCCUUCGGAAGGCGGAGAGGCUGAAGACGGAGCAGAUGGACCUCCAUCAGGACGGCUUCACCAUCAAAAACCAGGACGGGGAGAUCGUCUUCAGGCUGGCCUUCCAGUCGGGCAUCCUUGACUUGGAGUCUUGCUCCAGGGAGGGUGCCAAUCUAACCUGCACCAGGACCGACAAAGGGAAGCUCAACUUCUUCAUCAAGAUCGUCACCCCAAAAGACACGGUGAUGUGCUACCGGGUCCGUUGGGAGGAGUUUGUGGCGGACACCGUGGUGGAGCACAAGAUGUUCUGGGGGGAUGCCCAUUGGUACGGGGGCUGCGAGAUGAGCGUGCAGCACUGGCCCAUUAAGCUGCCCGGGUACCAGGAGCCCAUGCCGUUUGUGACCAGCGACGUGUACUCUUUCAGGAACAGCUUUGGGGGAAUCCUAGAGAGGUACUGGCUGUCCUCCAAGGCGGCCGCCAUCAAGAUCAACGACUCCGUGCCCUUCCACCUCGGGUUCAACGCCUCCGAAAGGUCCCUCGUCUUCCAGGCCAGGUACAAAGAUUCCCCCUACAAGCCUCCGCUGGGGCAGCCGCCGUUCCCAGAGCUGAGCUACCGUGUCUGUAUCGGCUCCGACGUGACCUCCAUCCACAAGUACAUGGUGAGGAAGUAUUUCUACAAGCCUUCGAAAAUCCCCUCGGAAAACGCCUUCAAGUACCCGAUCUGGUCGACCUGGGCCUUGUACAAAAACGACAUCGACCAGGACAAGCUGCUGCGCUUUGCAGAGAAGAUCAAAAAGUACAAGUUCAACUGGAGCCACAUCGAGAUAGACGACACCUACACGCAAGCGUACGGGGACUUCGACUUCGACCCGGUCAAGUUCCCGAACGUGACGGAGACGUUCAAGAAACUCAAAGAAGACGGGUUUCAGGUCACUCUCUGGACGCACCCGUUCAUAAACUACAAUUCCUCCAACUUUGGGGUAGGCAUAGAGAGGCAGCUUUUCAUCAAGGAGCCGACGGGGAGGCUUCCUGCUAUGGUCGAGUGGUGGAACGGGAUUGGCGCCAUAUUGGAUUUCACCAACCCUGCGGCCAGGGAUUGGUUCCAGAGCCACCUGAGGCAACUCCGGAGUAAGUACGGCAUCUCUUCCUUCAAGUUUGAUGCGGGAGAGACCAGCUACCUUCCCAAACAGUUCAGCACCUACCGCCCCUUGUCGGACCCCAGCAUUUGGUCCAGGCGCUACACGGAAAUGGCCAUCCCAUUUUACGAGCUAGCGGAAGUCAGGGUUGGCUACCAGUCUCAGAACAUCUCCUGCUUCUUCCGCAUCAUUGACAGGGAUUCCGUCUGGGGUUAUGAGCUUGGGCUGAAGUCCUUGAUACCGACCGUCUUGACCAUCAGCAUGCUGGGAUACCCUUUCAUAUCGGCCGACAUGAUUGGCGGGAACUUCUUUCCCAACAAGACGGAUGGGGCGGUGGAAAUCCCAGACCAAGAGCUCUACAUCCGAUGGCUGGAGCUGUCGGCCUUCAUGCCUUCCAUGCAGUUCUCCAUCCCACCGUGGCUUUACGACAGAGAGGUCAUAGACAUCGCCCUGAAGUUCACCAGGCUCCACGAGUCUUUGGUUGCCCCCCUCUUGCUGGAGCUGGCCGGGGAGAUCACCGACACUGGGGACCCCAUCAUCCGGCCCAUCUGGUGGAUUUCUCCCCACGAUGAGGCUGCACACAAGAUCGAUUCCCAGUUCCUCAUCGGGGACACCUUGAUGGUGGCUCCCGUCUUGGAGAUGGGCAAGCAAGAGCGAGACAUUUACAUCCCAGCUGGCAAAUGGCGCAGCUACAAAGGGGAGCUCUUUGAAAAGACACCCACCUUGGUGACGGAUUAUCCUGUCGAUUUGGAUGAAGUAGCUUAUUUUGUCUGGGUGUCCUAACCGCCUUCAGCUGCUGCUGCCACCACCAGCUUUGAAGCUUAGUGAAAGUCAAACAGGCCUUAUUCUAGGAAUAUUAACAAUGAAUAAUUCUAAUCCGUUAAGGAGGCAGAAAGGGGGGAGACUGGAAAUGGCUAUAUAUUUGUCCCUUGCAUAUGCUGUAAAGAUCUAGCUUCGUUCUUGUGAUCUAGAAACGCUGGAUAACAAUGGCAUGGGAUUUGCACAUUCGAGGAAACGGUCUUUCCGGUCUCCCCUCGCAAGGCCCAUAACUGCACAUUGACCUCUCUCCCAAACAAAUUUAUUCCAUUUUUCGAUGUGGGUGUUGGGGGCCUUUGCAAUGCCAGCUGCGGUUAUUUACAAACCCAUCUGUAGUCUCUGGUGCCUCGGAUUGGGUGCACGUAGCAGGCUGUUAGCCAGACCGUCCAGACUGGAUCUUUCUUUUAAGCUGUGGGAAGCUUCUUCCCUGCCUAUAGCUUUUCCAAAUAUGAGCCAAGGGAAAACCUUGAGCUAUGAGCAAGGGAUCCCUGCCCUACUAGGGAAGGGGUUCUUUCCCCAGAUAGGGAGGUGUUCAGGGUUGCUAUAGCACAACUAGCCUUAUAUUUUACAGUGCGGUAAGCUACUAUUUGAAAUAACUGGGGAGGUUUUCCUAAAGGGUAUAACUUCAGUUUAUUACAGGCACAGAUAUCCACACACACAUACGCAUCUAUUCCUCGUCUGGUGUUAGAUGAGGCUGGCUUAUCAUGUUGCGUAGGCCUUUAGUUACCAGGCUGGGCUGGUUACUCAGCUCUGGGGCUUUUGAACAGGACGGGCAUCUCAGCCUCCC